AUGAAGAACAAGAGGGCUAGCAGCGCACGUACUGGGGGACCAAUGAGGUUGAACUUGCAGAAUCAACAAGAAAAGGGAAAGUUGCGACAGGGGAAGCCAUAUCACCGUUAUGCAGGGGAUAAUUCUGCACCAGGACAACACGAGCCGAUGGUGACUGCAUUGGGGGAAGAGAGAGGACAAGUUCCGAAGCGUGAGGUGGUGUGUUUCGCAUGCGGGGAGGCUGGACAUUUUGCUGAUAAGUGCAAGAACAGGAGUACGCGAUGCUUUAGGUGCCACCAACCAGUCCAUCAAGCUAAGGAUUGCGAGAUGCCAAAGGCUGAACCGUCGGUGAACACAGCAAGGGGGAAACGUCCUGCGACUGGUGGAAGGGUAUACAAUUUGAAUGCGGACAAAGCCGCCGGAGCAAGGAACUAG